GAUCUGACACUCUUCUGCUGGGAUUGGGCUCUUCUGGAAACUGGACUUUAGAGAAAUGAUGCUCAUCUUUGGACUGAUGCUGCUGCUGCGGCAAACUGCUGCAUGUCUGGAUCGGUUCUGCAGGUUUGAUCAGUCUGAUCCCUGUUACGCAGCUUUGGGACACAAACUCAAUCUGCUGAUGGUGCUGGACGCUAGUAAAUAUUACCGGGAGUUACGUAAGAGGAUGGACAACACAGCAGAUUAUCCAGUUUGUCUAUUAAUUAAUGACAUGAUGAGAAAUUGUGAUCUUUAUAAUAACAGACCUGAAGUGACCGUCAUUAAUGGGACUCUGAUAAUAAACCGUGUGAACAGUGCAGAUUCAGGGAAUUACAAAUUAUAUUUCCCUGACUCAUGGUACUCAGAAGAUCUUCAAGUGAUUGUUGAAGCUCCUAUUGGCUCAGUGGAAGUGUCAAUCAUCUGCUCCUCCAGUGGGGUGAUGAGGGUGUCCUGCUCCUCUGAGGGGGAUCAGCUCCUCUACAGCUGGACUCUGAAUGGAGAUCCACUGAUGGAUGGAAACAGCAGCAUUGAUCUGGAUGAGGGAACUGAUGGAAACAUCAGCUGCAGCGUGAAGAACCACGUCAGUCACGCACAGAACACCACUAGACUCAAACCCUGUCCUGCGUCUGUGGUGUUUGUGCUGGUCUGGUGUCUUCAGCUGAUGGUUCUGUUGGGUCUGUUAGGAGGUUUUCACAUCUACAUGAGACACACGUCAGGAAAGAAGCAGGAAGAUCAGAAAGUGAGGAUGAGAAGAUUUAGAGAAGCACCUGAACACACAGAAGAAGAUUCAUGAGAGAAGC